AUGUCCUGCUCCAUGGAAUCAGACAACCGAAGCGGCCUCGUGAUGAAACCUCACUCGCCUACUCCUACGGACGCCCAAGAUGUUGGCAGUCUCGGUUCGGGAUCCUCUCCCACCAAGAAUUGGCUUGUCUCCUUACCCUUGGAGCUGAUCCUCGAGAUCACCGAGCACUGCGCGUUAUUGGGUGAGGGAACUGCAUCUGCUCUCUCCUGCGUCGACACCAGGCUGCGAUGGCUCUGUGCUACCGUCCUCUUCCGCAAAAUGCGCAUCAACUGUCCCGAAGACGAGCUCGGCCGUCAUCUUGCAGCCAUUCAAGACAACCAUCGCAUCCUACAGAGUGUUCGUGUCCUGGAUAUUUGCACUGAAGGCCCUGACCGUUCCUCGGGGCGUCCCUGGCGUUUCAUUCACUCUCGUGUCAGCGAUGCUUGCUCCGACGAUACCCCGGUUCUUCUGGCCACUGUUCUGCAGCAGAUGACGAACCUCAAGGACCUCUGUCUCGACCUUCGCUACAGCAAGAAGACACUCCUUGGGCCCCUUCGCAAGGUCUUCCUCGAGCAGAGCAUGACCUUCCCGACUGUCAGGGGCUUUGCCUGGGCUGCGGGCACGACAGCAAAGUUCAUUCCUGAUGUGUUCCCAAACUUGCAUGCUUUGAGUCUACACCUCAGCUGUGCCCCCAAGUCGUCGCCUGGUCUAAAGGGGAUUGCUCCGAAGCUUCAGCAGCUUCGGACCUUGGAGCUUUACAAGCCCGGUUGGACUUGCGAGAACAUCGCUCAAGUCCAAGAGAUGUUCCCGGAAAUUAAGUGUUUGAUCCUUGGUGGUGGACUCAGAGAUGAUCUUUGGAAUAUCACACCCUCCCUUGAUCUGUUCCAGAACGUGAAGACCUUAGCCCUCGGCACGUGUGCCUCUGGUGGUCGUGUUCAACGGGUAGCGAGGUCAGACCGUGGAAAACCGAACCUUGACAGUCGGUGGAGGUCAGACAGUCAAGCUUGGAGGGCCGAUGAUAUCUUCAGCAUCUGUCGUCGACUAGAAACGGCUUACCUGAUGUCCCCGAACUACCGAUCAGUUCGGUGCACGCCCAACCUGGAGAAGCCCACGAAGAGCGACGGCUUGGGAUUGAUCCACGUUGACGCCGUGGCUGACUGCGGCGAGUACGGAUGGCCUUCUUUCUGA